AGUUAGUCUGUGCUCGUGCGUAGUUCCGAGAGUACGCUAGAGGAUUGCUUGCGCGCGCGCUCGAUUUUCCGUUCCAAGCGAGGUGGACCACGUUCCGUCUGUUCAGUGGUAGCGUAUCGAAUCGAUUGUUGUUUAUACCGAACCGAAGAAGUAUCUUGAUUAUCCCCGCGACCUUCUUCGCCGUCUUCGUCGGGUUCCGUCGCCGUCGGUUGGCGCGGAGUGAUUUCGCUUUUCCGCCGUCUCCCGCUGCACGUGUAGUGUCUUCGCUGGUGCCGCCGUCGGGAUGCAUAGAAGCAAUAGUGAAUAGUGAUUAAAAUCUGUGAGUGAAUAACAAGAGGGAAGCCCGUAGAUAGCUGGCUUAGUGCAACGGAGGAGUGCCGAGAAUAUAUUUCUCCUAGUGGAUUACGACCCUUGGCCAAGGGUUCUGUGAAGUGAAACCAGAAGAGGGAGCCAUGAAGCGGCGCUGGUGGUGGCGGCGUAUAUUUUUGGUACUGACAAUUCUAGUGGCAGUGACAGUGGCAACGGCCCGGGCAGACGAAAACAUGGACACCCGGGAAGGCGAAACCCUAACGCUGAAGUGCCGUUUCAGUGAACAACAACCGUCCAACGAUUUCACCUACUACUGGGCCCGAUGGACAACGGCCAACAAGUUCGACAAUGUGGCCAUCAACAACGUCCAGCUGAACACCAACUACAGAAUUGACUUCCGACCCGAUAAAGGCGUCUACGAUUUGCACAUCACCAACACCUCGUACAGCCGGGACAAUGGCCGGUUUGAGUGUCGGAUUAAAGCUAGCGGCACUGGAGCCGAUGUACACCAGCAGUACUACAACCUGACGGUACUGACGCCUCCUCAACCGCCACUGGUUGCUCCCGGAACGAUAGCCGUUGCCACCGAAGACAAGAAACUGGAUUUGACCUGCAGCAGUAUAGGCGGAUCACCGGAUCCGACGAUAACGUGGUACCGAGUGGGAUCCAAUAGCCCACUGGCCGGCACCGAUCAACAGGGGUGGCUCAAAGGAUCUGCAGACAACGAGCACGCUCUCGGUACUGCCCCGACGGGAAGAUGACGGGGCCAAGUACCGGUGCGUGGUGUGGAACCGAGCCAUGCCGGAGGGACACCGCCUGGAGACAAUCGUCACGCUGUCCGUUAACUAUUAUCCAAGAGUGGAAAUCGGACCGGAAAAUCCGCUACGAGUGGAGCGCGACACAACUGCCAAGCUCGAAUGCUCCGUCGAUGCCAAGCCAAAUGUUCCAAAUGUUCGGUGGACUCGGAAUGGACGCUUCAUCAGUUCCUCCCGGACACAUGCCAUCCAGCGAGUGUCCGUUCAAGACGCCGGAGAGUACGGCUGCUCGGCAGACAACGGCUUGGGAAAGGUUGGCGAACAGCUCAUCACUCUGGACGUCCAGUACGCUCCGGUAGUGGUUAUUGAGUCCAAGACAUGGGAAGCCGAAGAACGAGAAACUGUCAGCAUUCGGUGUAAUGUUACGUCGAACCCUCCACCAAUCUCGAUUGAAUGGUUCAAGGAGGGUAGUCCGGACUUCCGAUAUGCUGGCGAUAUACUACAGCUCCGUGAGGUGAAGGCAGAACAUGCGGGAACUUACGUGUGUCGUGCAGUCAACAUGAUCAAACCAUACGGAGGAAAAAUAGCUGAGCGGAUCGGAAACUCAACCGUUGCUCUGCUAGUUCGACAUCGACCUGGACAAGCGUACAUCAAUCCCAGUAAACCAGUUGUACACGUGGGCAGUGGCGUAACGCUGACGUGUUCGGCAAACCCUCCCGGAUGGCCUGUUCCGCAGUUUCGGUGGUUUAAGGACGCCGUCGGAGAAGUAUCAUCCAAUACGAUACUUGCUCAAGGGCCUCAAUAUGUGAUUCCCAGGGCUCAUCUAGGGAGUGAAGGUAGCUACCACUGUCAUGCAGUCAACGAACUUGGCCAUGGGCCGAUGGCUACUAUCAAACUUGAAGUGCAUCAACCUCCUCAAUUUAUCGGCAAAAUGCAACAACAUAUGACAAAACGUGUCGGAGACACGGAUUUCUCCGCAAGCUGCCGUGCCAAAGGCAAGCCUCGUCCUACGGUUCGAUGGUUGAAAGAUGGACGAGACAUCACAACUGAUGCCAACAUGUACCGCAUCAGUACCAGCAACAACGACGAUUUAAGUGGAAUGGUAAUUGUUCAAAGCAUGCUCGUAUUCCAGGGUAAAGCACGUCCACAUAAAACACAGCUUCUACCCAGCGAUCGAGGAACUUAUACCUGUUUGUAUGAGAAUGAAGUGGCUUCAGCUAACGCCAGUAUGCACCUUCGUAUUGAACAUGGACCGAUUGUAUUGCAUCAAUACAACAAGGUUGCCUAUGAAAUCAAAGAAUCCGCCGAGGUUAUCUGUAGAGUUCAAGCCUACCCGAAACCGGAGUUCCAAUGGCACUUUGGAACCAAUACAGCUGCUCUAUCUAUGUCCUCCGAUGGACACUACGAAAUCAACACAACCACCGAUAAUAACGACGUCUAUACCAGUGUUCUGAAGAUCAACAAUCUCAAGCACCAAGACUAUGGAGAUUACACAUGCCGCGUGGGUAACUCAAUUGAAACCAUCCGUGCUCCGAUCAGGCUCCAACCGAAGGGACCUCCAGAGAAACCCACCAAUCUGCACGCAGCCGACGUAGGAUCCAACUACGUUUCUUUAGUUUGGGAUCCUGGAUUCGACGGUGGUAUCAGUAAUACGAAAUUCUUUGUAUCCUACCGCAAGGUAGCCAUCCCUCAUCAUGAUCAGAUGAACGGCGACUGUGGCAUCGUUCAGCAAACCAGCUCCGAGUGGAUGGAGUUCGACUGUCAGCGGGAUGUUCCCUGUAGCGUAACUCCUCUAGAUCAACAUCAGAGCUACGUGUUCAAGGUUAAAGCCUUCAAUGCAAAGGGCCACUCUGAACCGUCGAAUGAAAUCGCCACAACUACCAAGGUAAGCAAAGUCCCGGUGCCACUGCAUGUUGGAUUCGACCCGGAAACACGACAACUUGGAGUAAACGUGGGCGCUACUUGUCUCUCAUUGAUUGCCAUCGUCGAGUCGAUCGGAUAUCACGACAGCCCCAUAUCUACGUGGCAAGUGGUACAAACGGUUCCGCUAGCAGCAUCCGGAAGCAAGCCAACGUACAAGGAAGAGAUCAUGGAUAAUAUGAUUUCUGCCAGGAGGAGUAGUGCCCGCUCGCUGGGUGAAGAUGACCUACCGAUGGCCCUGGAAGAGGAAAUUCCUCCACGAGUAAGGGUAAAGCUGUGUCUAAAGUCAAACCACGAGCACUGCGGAGACUACGUAGAUGCAGAGAUUGGUCCAGCGUAUGUCCACGACUCCGCCUUCAUGGCCACGCCCACGUUGAUCGCCAUCAUAGUGUCCUGCGUGGUGUUCGCUCUGUUCGUAGGACUUCUACUGAUGUUCUGCCGAUGCAAACGAAAGCAUACCAAAAAAUCUUCCACCGCCAAAGACUACGAAAUGGACUCGGUGCGACCAUCGAUUGUCGCUCAGCAAAGUCAAGCCCCUCCUCCAUACUACCCGACGACAGGGCUCGACAACAAAGCCCUGGAACACUCAAUGGAUCUAGCUCUGGCAAUGGAAGACCAGAAGACUUCUGUCUAUGCAACGCAAAAUGGCUACGGUUAUCACACGAGUACGAGUUUACAAGUACCAAAUCACACCAUCGUUGGCCAAGAAUGGGUCACAAUGGGUUAUGCGGAAAACAACUACGCCAAUUCAAACAACGGAGGCAGCGUCAAUUCACAGGAUUCUAUCUGGCAGCUUAAAAUGUCGGCAGCCCAAGCAGCUGCUGCCGCAAAUAGUGGAACUCUAAUGUCGGCCCAGCAUUACGCAGAGCGGCCAACACCGGUCACGGCCACUGCCAGUAGUAGUGGCGCGGCCAUGUCCUACGGGUACGACCCACUCACCCAUCCCGCCUAUGGCACGGUCGAAGACUAUGCCAGCUAUCCGCACCUGGCGACGACACCUAGUCAGCAUGGCGCCGAAGACGAGUACCAGCACACGCUUCGCCAGAGUCAAAACCCAUCGCGGCAGGAACUUUGCGGAGAUUCCUACGCGUCUGUACAUAAACCGAAGAAGCGGUUAGACCAGCCCCAUUUAGAUUCAUCAUCAUAUCACGACGUCAGUGGGUUACCUGAUCCCUACCUUGAGCACCACCACCAAUUACACCAUCACCAGGACCAGGAGGACAGCGCAUCGCUUCUACAGCAGCAACAGCAGCAGCACUUACAAAUCCAACAACAGCACCUUCAGCAGCAGCAGCAGCAGCAGCAACAAAUGUCCCUCAACUACGAUGAGACUAUGGAAAGUGGCUACUCGACACCCAACUCACGGAAUCGACGCGUGAUACGAGAGAUCAUUGUCUGAGAACAGCCUAGGGUACGUUUCGCCAACGGAACGUGCCUGUGAAUCGUCAACCACCACCAAUCCACAUCAUCCUUACCACCUUGAAUCUAGGGCCGAAGGGCAGGAAAGUCCUUAAUGAACACUAAUCUGGAUAGGGCGGUGUCCUCCUCGGAAACAGAAAGGAUUUUUUUUUUUUGCUAAAUUAGAAUUGAACCAUUGAAUUCAUAUCAACAAGAUUGGGAUACAGUACUGUGCUUCUGUCGCUCUUCCGUUUGUCAGUCUCGUUGAUAUGAUGUCUUCGACGGAGAAAGGUGGGAACUAAGCAAAAUCCAAGCCAACCGAGCGUGAUGGUUUUCUUAAGAAUUUAAUGAGCGCCCCAUCCGCGAUUCGCGGUCCGAGUAGGAAAAUUAUUUUAGCAAAUAACCCCCACAGUAAAACAAACACUCGCGCUCGUAGAAUAGAACCGAAGACGAGGAGGGACGCGGCAUGAUUGUCCAGGUACCUGCACUUGCGAAACAGACGGCGAAGUUUUAUAGAGGUUGUAUAAUUAGAGUGAUUUGACGAGUCGAUAUUUACCAAUUGGAAUGGCGUUUUUGCUCUCGAAAGGUUUAUCUCUUUUUGAUUAUUACUUCAAUUAUGAUAAUAAACGUAUUGAGAUGUUUCCUUUGCUAAAAAGCUACUUUUGUGAGCAAUUUCUCUGAAAAACAUGGCAAGAUUGGCGAGUUUGAUUAAGAUUAUAUCCCAAAACGUCAGGGGUUGUAAAAAGAUGGUAAGAAAAUCAAGGUUUCAAUGGUUUGAAUAACGGAUAGAUGCGAAAAUACAGAUCCAAGAUAUUAGCCAUAGUCAAAGCAUAGAUUGAGAACUCUUAAAAAUGGUCAUUUUUGUUUUCAAAUUCUGAUUUUAGAUGGCAACACUACUCGAUUGUUAUCAAAAGAGCCACUUAUAUGGGGGUAUCUGAAUGUAAAAUCAGAUACCAUUAAAUUUUUACGAUGACCAUAUCGAAUGUUCACUAAAGCUGAAGUAUUUUUUUCAUGCCAGUCUACCGAUACACAAAUGUUCAUAUAGCUGGCAACACUGCUUAACAAUAAUUAAGGAAAGUUUAAAAUCUUAAAUUUACAGUAAGAUAGAAAAAUAAAAACGUUCAGCAAAGCAACACUACUCAAGGAAAAUCGAUACAGCUCAACACAUACAGUAUUGGACAAACAAUUUGCAACAUUUUCGAUCUUCCAUAAAAAAAUGAUAUUUGACGCAGUUCAUGUAUGAAAUAUUGACCAGUUUAACGUGUAGUUAGGCUGGUUUAUGUUUAUUCACCAAAAUGAACCAAAUUUAAAUAGUAUGAAUCAUUAGAACUAAUUGAUUUAAUGCCUCAUAGAUCAUUCUGAAAGUUUUAUUGAAGUUUGAGCAAUUCCAAUUUUGUUAAUGACUAAUAGUUAAUAUAAGUGACCAUCCGUUUACCAAACACCAGCUCUGAAGCGAUUUCAAUCGACCCAUCGCAACGCAUUGUGCCUCGGUUAAUUAUUAUUCCAUAUAAACCCGGGAGCGAUGGGGCAAAAUUUAUUGAAUCCCACGCCAUGCGUAAUCUGUUGGUAGGUAUGCGACAUAAAAUCGAAAAUUACUUCCUCGCAUUCGCUCGUCGGCCGUCGUCGACGAGAGGCCUCCCCAUACCCAUAAGCCCGCCGUCUGUCCCGCAAGAAUAUGUAACAUUUCACGCGUUUUAUAUUUUUAAUUAAAUUGUAUUAUUACAUAAAAAUACGUGCCCUUAAACGAAGUAUAUUUAAUUGUGAAUUACGAGCGAACGAAAAACAAUGCAGGACGGUGCUCUCACCCCAUUCGAGUCGAAUGGGACCGAGCGAGAUUCGGCAUACUGCAGCUUAAGGGAGUGAAAGAGACAGCAAAAAAAAUCGCGUUUGUGUGUGUGCGUGUAUGUGAGCCGCAAGUUGUUGGAAUCAAGAACGCGUGGAAAAUGUUUUAUAUACAUAAUUAACGGUAUUAUAAAUAUUUGCACAAACAAGUAAAUCUGUAAAAACCCAGUCACAGAAAAUGGGGGAGAAAAACACGUAAAAAUAGAUAUAUCAAAUUUCGAGAAGUACGAUUAACUUUUACACACACACUCAGCCGAGGGGUUAAACCAAACAGGAGAUUACUUAUUUUAUAACUGAUGCGGCAUACACGGAAAUCCCGAUCAAACGGGGGCAAGGCAAGGAGCAACGUUUGGUGGGAAAAUGUUUGAAAAUCGAAUUUACCUUGGAUCGAAGUGAGAAGAAAACUUAUCCCCUAACCUUAAAUGACAUAGCCGUAUUUUAUCUCAAACAAAUUAUUUAAAAUUCACGCAAAACCAGCUGUUUAAAACAAAGGAACCAUGUUAAAACAAAAUGCAUAUAAAAAAAAGUGCAGAGAAGCUACAUCCUGCUUGCUUGGACUGGGUUUCUCUGUGUCGUUGUGAAUCGUCGUCGUGUGUGAUAAAACCAAAAUUCAAAAGCAAGCGCGGUGCGGUUACCAUGGGUACCCGACCAAUCCACGCGUCGUCAGUUUGUUCGCCUACUAUAGAUACCGCCGAAAAUUCAAAUUGUUUUUGAUAUGAUUCAGAACACAAGUGCUUGUAGGAAUUGGCAGCGUUGAUAGUAAACCGAGAAGCGUAUUUCUGUUGACUAUUAUACAAUUAUAAGUUAGUUAGUGCUUAUUACGUUAUCGCUCGAUGUCAUCCCGCUUGUUUUGUGUUUAGUUAACUUUAGUGAUUAAUGUGAUAAAUGUUUUGUAAUCUUGUGUAGUAUAUUUUGAACAGUACUUGCCUAAAAUUAUAGCAACCGAAGAUUGCCAUUAUUACAUUAGAAGCGAGAUAGCUUUCCCGCGGAAAGUUUUUUUUACCAGAG